UUUUUUUAUUCAUCAUCAUUUUUACGCUCAACUAUUUAAACAACAAUCUCAUCCAGAUCAGCAUCAUGGGUCUCCGAAGCUAUGUCAAACAACUCAACUACAGCUAUGAAGUCACCACUGGACUGUAUAUGCUCGAACCAUGGGAGAAGGCUGUCUUUAACUCUGUUGUGAUGGUUGGCAUUCUUUUGACCACAUAUGCGACGUACAACUACAUCUCAAAACUGACAGGGGGACUCUUUUAGAAACAAUCAAGCGAUGACAGCAAGACCCAUCGUAUCGUAGAAAGUUGCCCUGCCAAAGGUAUCUUUGGCCUUUUUUUUUUCCAGCACAAUAACAACAAAGUAUGCUAGUCCCUAUCCCAAGUUGAGAUGACAACGAUUAGACAGAUUGAUUAAUAGACAGAUCUGUCUGGAAUCGCCGUUUUCUCCUAUCUUUACUUUUCUUCUCUAUCAUAAUACUAUUAUUAAUUAUAUACAAAUAUUUAAAUGAAUAAACCUAAUAACUGCCAAGAUA